CCGUAGCCGCCAGCAAAGAAAAGACAACACAAGUGUGUGUCUCUCUCUUGCAACCUUGACAAACCCUAGCAAUAGCAUGUUCUAUAAAUGAAGAUAGAGAGAAGUGCAAGAGAGAGUGCAGUAUUGUUUAAAGUUGCGAGUGGUAUUCAAGUUUGUAAGAAUGAAUUCAAUCUCAGACUCGUAUAAGAAUAAACCCAGCCACCACCACAUAGUUCCGUUGGACUUCAAGAAUGUGCACACCGUACCCGAUUCCCACAAAUGGGAGAACGUGGAACCACACACAUCCGGAUCCGUGCCCUCGAUAGACCUCUGUGAUCCAAAUGCGAAAUCGCUGAUAGGAGAAGCAUGUGAGAAAUGGGGUGUGUUCUAUGUCACUAAUCACGGCGUUCCUACGAACCUCUUUAAGAAAGUUGAACAAGAAGCAUUUCGAUUAUUUAACUUACCCACUGAUCAGAAACUUGGUGCUCUCCGGCUACCCGAUGGCGUCACCGGCUAUGGGAUGCCUCGCACUACAACUUACGGUUCAAAGUUGUUGUGGGCUGAAUCUUUCUUCAUGAUAGGAUCUCCGAUGGAGCACGCCACCCAACUUUGGCCUCAUCAAACGGACCAGCAAACUACUUUCUGUGCUGUAAUGGAGGAGUGCCAGAAAGAGAUGAAGAGAUCAUCGGGGAGGGUGAUGGAGCUGAUUCUUGAGUCACUGGGAUUAAACCCAGAAGAGCUUACAUGGGUAAAGCCCAAAGAUGGGUGCAAGGAAGCCCAGUCUGUCCUUUCAUUGAACUCGUACCCGGUGUGUCCGGAGCCGGAGAAGGCGAUGGGCCUGGGCCCACACACUGACACAUCGCUUCUAACGGUUCUUUAUCAAAGCGGCUGCACUGGUUUACAAGUCUUUAGAGACGGAAUUGGGUGGAUUCCGGUGCAGCCUGUUCCCGGUGCACUUGUGGUCAAUGCCGGUGACUUGCUGCACGUACUCUCCAACGGUCGAUUCAAAAACGUGCUGCAUCGAGCGGUGGUGAACAAUGAACAACACCGAAUCUCCGUUGCGCACGUGUAUGGCCCACCGGCCGAUGUGAAGAUAUCACCGUUGAUGAAGGUGGCCGGUGAUGAUGAUGAUGAUCAUGAUCCUCCACUCUUUUCCCCGGUCACUUGGAAGGAAUACAUUUAUGCCAAAUCAGUUCAUUACGACAAAGCACUUGAGUUUAUUAAGGUUACAGCUGAGUGAGCUCUUUCAAACUCAAUGAUAUCUUUUUGUCAUUCACAUUAUUCAGUACCCCUUUCAAAACCCUUUGUGCCUCUCAAUAAAAUCGAUGUACAUUCUCGCCAUAAGUUUAUCGAGAAAAUUGACGCCGUUGUUCGCAAAAUACUUUUGUCUUUGGAUACGUGUUU